UAAAGCGCGAAAAAUCAACGCAGAUAAAGAAAGUGUGAGGAGAAGAGAAAUCAGAAAACUAGGGUUUCAUUUUGCUUCUUUCAAUACGAAAUCGACCUGAGAUAGAGUGAAAUCAAGGUUUCAGAAAAUUAGCCUUCCUUUUGGAGUGAUUUCUGAUUUGGGGAUUUUUUAGGGGCUUUGGAAAAAAAUUCGAACCAUGGAUGAGGUUUGGGAGAAAGCUGUGAAAACAGCACUUGAUCUUGAUGGGCAGGGCGAUUAUGCAGCAGUAAAAACCCUAACUUUAGAUGGAGCAGUGAAGUGUUAUCAAGGUAAACUUCCAUCACAAAAUCUAUUAGAGAAAUUUAAAGGGCUUGAACAUCUUUCAAUAGCUAAUGUUGGUCUUUCUUCACUAGAGAUAUUUCCUUGUAUUACAACUCUUCAGAAGCUUAAUUUAUCAGAUAAUCGUAUCGUUCGUGGUUUAGAGUUUCUUGUUAAAGCUGGUUUAGAUUCGUUAAGAGAUCUUGAUUUAUCGAACAAUAGGAUUCAAGCUGUUGAAGAUUUAGCUCCACUUGCUGAGUUGAAACUAGAAUCUCUUGAUUUGUAUGAAUGUCCUGUUACAAAGAUUAAAGAUUAUAGAUCUAGGGUUUUCGGAUUGAUUAAAUCUUUGCAGUAUUUGGAUAAGAUGGAUGUAAAUGGAGUUGAAGUACUUGAGUCUGAUGAAGACGAGGAAGAUGAUGAUGAAGAAGAAGAAGAUGAGGAAGAGGAUGUUGGGUGUGGAGAAGUUGAUGGAGAGGGUCAACUAGGUAAAAAGAUGAAUAAUGGUGGGGUUGCUGAUGAAGAGGAUGAGAGUGAUGCAGAUGAAGGUGUUGAAGAAGAUGGAGAAUCGGCAGAUGAAGAUGGCGAGGAUGAGAAUGAGAAUGACGAAGAUGAUGAAGAGGAAGAUGAAGAUGAGGAUCAAAAUGGUGAGGUUCCAGUGCAGCCAUCCUCUCCUUCACAUUCCAAGAGGAAGAGAUCUCAAGUCGACGAUAAUGGUGAUGAUGUUGACAACGAUAGCAUUGUGGAUGCUGCAAGUCUUUGAAGCUCGAAUGAGGUGUAACCUUAUUAUCUUGAGAACAGUUGAGGAAUUUUGUGGGGCAGGAACUAGAUAGUCCUUCACCUUUGUUAGUCGGUGAAACUUCUUUAUGUAUUGGUGGUAUUACUCUGUUUAUGAGAGAACGAUGAAUAUAGGGAUGAAAGAAAAAAGAGAUGUUGUCAUGGCAUGUGAUUUGGAGGGAGGUAUGGCGGGUAGUUAUACUAACAACUUGUUUGAAAAGUCGUUAUUUUCUUUUUUUUCUUUUGCUUUUGUUGGUUUUCUUAUUGCCCUCACAUGCUUCUCCUGCUGCGUAUCAUCCUACUUCAAUAGAUUAUUUUGACAGGCCAAUAUUCCCUCC